UCUAUGUAGAAGUUUGCAAGUGGUUAAAGAUGAGGGUGUUUUGUGCAUUGGCGUUUCUGCUGUGCGUUUCCGCAGAAUUGCAAAGUCAAUCGGAAGGAUCCAGUACCGUUGAGGAGUUUAAUAGGCAAUUCCACGAAAAAUAUGAUUACUUGUUAAAUCAAGAAAUUGAUGUUGAAGAUGUCGAUGACUGUGGUCAAAAUGAAUGCAGUAAUAAUUGUAUGUCAUCAUGCGCAAGCAUCUCUUGCCAACGGAAUUGUGGCGUAGUAUGUAACCGCUCGUGCGGCAAAAGGAAGUCAUCGAAAGCGAAAAUCAUCAAAGUGCCUGUUUUUAUUAAACAAGAACGUUUACCAGAAAAAGAACAAAAGUCCAUGAACCUCACAGCAGACGUAACGGUGUCAUCUCAAUUAAACAAUACGAUUUAUAUUCCUAUAAUAAUUAACAAUACGAACAUCAAUAAUAUAAGUCAUGCAAAUCCGCAAACAUCGAACCUAAAUGCUUCAGGUUGUUGCAUGCAGGUGCAACCAAGGGAGUGCAGUUUCCACUCGUCUGAUAACGUAACAUGUAAAACUGAAAUAGAAAAGAGAUGUAAACCUGAUUGCCAUUCACCGGUUGUUGUAUACCAUCCUCAACCAAUUUACGUUCGCGUUCCAGUGCCAGUACCCGUUCAUCAUCCAGAAAAACAAAUUGUAGAGAAACCUGUAUAUAAAUAUAUAGAAAAGCCCGUUUACGUUGACAGAUAUCAUCAAGUACCAGUAAUUCAGAAGGUCAAAGUUAAUGUUCCUUACCAAGUCCAUGUCCCUUACCCAGUAAAAGUUCCUUACUCUGUUAAAGUACCUUACCCAUACCCAGUAUAUCUACAACAACAACAACAACAGAAUAACCAUUGCAGACAGGUUAUGUAUAAUGGACUGCAAAUGCCAUCAUGCAGAAGCUAUGAUGAUGCAUCCAUAUAUAGGCAGACCGAUCAGCGAUUCCUUAUUGAUGAAAAUUACAGUAACGGAGCAUACGAAGAUUGUUCCAAUUGCCUAUACUGUCACGGAAGAUUUAGUGCCAGGUCAUGCUUGAAUUCGAACAUGUGCACCUUUUCUUGCCGUAAUUAUUUGAUGCCAUUUAAGAAUAGAUUAGGCGCCGAUAACUUUAGGUGCAGCAUCAAUCAAGGCCAAUUCUACUGUGUUUAAGUAACCUUAGUUUUGCAUUAAUGUAACUUGCAAUAAACAAUAGUA